CCUCCGCGGGCGCCUCCCCACGCCCUGUGCGUGCCGCCGCCGCCGCCGGGGAGCGAGCGGACGUCGCGGCGCCGCGGGGGGGGUGGGGGGACGCUGCCGCUGGGUCCGCCCGAGCAGCCGGGCCGCCCCCAGCGUGGCCAGCCGGGCCUAGGCUCCCGGCCCUGCGAACCCUGUGCUGGGCGGGGGUUGGGGGGAGGCUCGGCGCCCCCGGACCGAGGGGCCCGGAAGUCCUCGCGGAAGGGCCUGGGGAACCGGGAAACCCCCCCCAAAUACGGGAUCUGGGAGCUCGGGCCUUAUGCGGAGGAGCUGGGUCAGGCCUGGGUCGUGCCGGGGGGAGAGAGCGGCGUGUUGGGGUGGGGGUGGGGUGCGGAGUGUAAGAAGUAGGGUCCAGCCUUUCCCAGAGGGAAGAGGCCUCGGCCACCGGUCCUAGGGGGAAGGAGGCAGGUCCUUUAGAGGGCUAGGAGAGGAAGGAACGUCCUUCCCAAGAUGAAGGGCAGUAAAGAGAAGGUUCCACCCGAGGGCUUCGGAAUACCUCCGGUGGCCAGGUGGAGAGCAGGGUGGUUUUCUUCUUCGGGAAGAGGGAAACCUAAGAUUAGGAGGGUUGGUGAGAAGAUAUUUGUUGGGAAGAGGGUCCUCCUUGCUUUCAGAAGUAACCGGGGGAGUUAGCCAGGUGUCUUCUAUUUGAGAGGCAAGAGAAAUGUGGGCAGAAUCUUACCCGAGGGCCUUGACCUUGCUAUUCAAGCAGCAGGAAAACCCUGAACUCUCAAAAUGAGACCUGUUACUGUGUCUAGGAGAACCAGGAAGUAGGGGUUUUCUCCGUAUCUGCAGACUUCCCAUCUGCAGGGCCCUCUUGGCUAGUAUUCUGGAACGUUUUCAUAAGAGCUUGGGCCUAACGCUUCUAGUGUUUCCACCAUAUAACUUGUUUUUCAUUUAUAAGUUCAUUGGUUACUUACGCUGAGAUUAGUUGGGUUGGUUUGGGCCCUGUUUUGAUUUCUUACAAUCUAGAGAGGUGACUUCCAAAAAAACACGUCCUUUGAUUCCUCCAAAUACAUAUAUAGAAGUCUCCAGUCUGUGAUCUAUAUAGAACUUCAUUUCCUCUGCAUACUUCCUGCAGAGUGGGUCUGCGGGAUGAAUGACCUUGGGUUCCUUAUAACUGAGUCCACUUUGGCUCAACUACUCAGGGUAUAAGAAAGAGGUGAACUGGGGUUGGGGAUUUGGUUCAGUGGUAAAAGCGCUUGCCUAGCAAGCGCAAGGCCCUGGGUUGGAUUCCCCAGCUCCGAAAAAAAGAAUAGGAAAAAAAAAAAAAAAAGAGGUGGACUUAGUGAGUUUUGUGCUUAAGUAAUAAAGUUGCAACUUGGAGACUGGUUUUUUUUGUUGAUUUUGGUUAUUUAUCUAUUUGAGAUUGGGUUUCUCUGUGUGGCUCUGGCUGCUCCGGAACUCACUCUAAAGAUGAGGCUGCUCUCCAAUUAUUUUGUUAUUUGAGUCAGGGUAUCUCUGUGUAGUCCUGGCUGCUCAAAAAUUCGUGUAGACCAGCGUGGCCUUGAACUCGAGAUUUACCUGCCUCGGCCUCGGGAGUGCUGAGAUGAAAGGCACAUGCCAUCACUGCCUGGCUUUUUUGUUUCUUUUUGAGAUAAGGUCUCAUUAUGUCGUUCUGGCUGGUGUCAAACUCCAAGAUUCACCUGCUUCUACCUUCCAAAUCUGCCAGGCUGUCCUGUAGGGGCCACUCUUUGGGAUGGAACUAGUCUAUGCUGUAACCCACAGAAAAACAAGCCAGCAGCCCCAGCUAGCUGACUUCAUGUGAAAGAUGGCCAAUGCGGAAGUGAGUGUCCCAGUGGGAGACGUGGUUGUGGUGCCCACUGAAGGAAAUGAAGGCGAGAACCCUGAAGACACUAAAACUCAAGUGAUCUUGCAGUUACAGCCUGUGCAGCAAGGGAUUUAUGAAGCCGGGUCAGAGAACAGUGCAGCAGUUGUAGCCGUAGAGACCCACACGAUACACAAAAUCGAAGAAGGAAUUGAUGCAAGCAGUAUAGAAGCAAACGAGGACAUGGAAAUCGCUUACCCUAUAACCUGUGGGGAGAGUAAAGCCGUCCUCCUCUGGAAGAAGUUCGUGUGUCCUGGAAUAAAUGUGAAGUGCGUCAAGUUCAAUGAUCAGUUGAUCAGCCCCAAGCACUUUGUUCAUCUGGCUGGCAAGUCCACUCUGAAGGACUGGAAGAGGGCCAUCCGUCUAGGCGGCAUCAUGCUCAGGAAGAUGAUGGACUCUGGACAGAUCGACUUUUACCAGCAUGACAAAGUUUGCUCCAACACCUGCAGGAGCACCAAGUUUGACCUUCUGAUCAGCAGCGCGAGGGCUCCAGUGCCGGGACAGCAGACAAGUGUGGUGCAGACGCCCACCUCGGCCGAUGGGAACAUCACACAGAUCGCCAUCUCAGAGGAGAGCAUGGAAGAGGCCGGGCUGGAGUGGAACUCAGCCCUCACCGCCGCUGUCACCAUGGCCACAGAGGAGGGGAUAAAGAAAGAGUCUGAAGAGAUUUCAGAGGACACUCUGAUGUUCUGGAAGGGGAUAGCUGAUGUGGGGCUGAUGGAGGAGGUGGUCUGCAACAUACAAAAGGAGAUAGAAGAGCUUCUCAGGGGUGUCCAGCAGCGGCUCAUUCAUGCUCCUUUCCAGGUCACAGAUGCUGCUGUUCUGAACAAUGUGGCCAACACAUUUGGCCUCAUGGACACAGUCAAGAGAGUUUUGGACAACAGACGGAAGCAAGUGGAGCAUGGAGAGGAACAGUUUCUCUAUACCCUGGCGGACUUGGAACGGCAGUUGGAAGAGCAGAAAAAGCAAGCCCAAGAUCCCAGACUGAAAUCCCAGACGGUUCAAAAUGUGGUACUGAUGCCUGUGAGCACCCCAAAGCCUCCAAAAAGACCUCGGCUCCAGCGGCCAGCCUCCACCACCGUCCUGAGCCCUUCUCCUGUCCAGCAACCCCAGUUUACUGUCAUCUCGCCCAUUACCAUCACUCCCGUGGGUCAGUCUUUCUCCAUGGGCAAUAUCCCGGUGGCUACCCUCAGCCAGGGCACCAGUCCUGUGACUGUCCACACGCUGCCUUCUGGCCCUCAGCUCUUCCGCUAUGCCACAGUGGUUUCCUCUGCCAAGAGCAACUCACCAGACACAGUAACCAUCCACCCUUCAUCAAGUUUGGCACUGCUAAGCUCCACCUCUAUGCAGGAUGGGAGUACCCUGGGCAAUAUGGCCACCAUGGUGAGCCCCGUGGAGCUGGUGGCCAUGGAGUCUGGCCUGACUUCAGCAAUCCAGGCUGUGGAAAGCACCUCUGAGGAUGGGCAAACCAUCAUUGAAAUCGACCCUGCCCCAGAUCCCGAGGCUGAUGACCCUGAGGGCAAAGCAGUGAUCUUGGAGACAGAGCUGAGGACUGAGGAGAAAGUGGUAGCCAACAUGGAAGAACGCCAGCACCAGGUCCACAAUGUGGAGAUUGUGGUCCUGGAGGACUGACCGGGACGGGGCCAGAGCUGGGUUUUGGUUUGGAAUUUUAAUUAUGUUUAUUUUUAUCAUUGUCCCACUCAUUUCCACAUAGAAACUUUUUUUUUUUUGUUAAAAAAACCAAACAAACUACAAAAUCUUGUUGUAACUGAAAAUGUUGGGUUCCUCCUACACCCUCAUUGACAAACGGACAGAACAAGCUACCUUUCCAGAUGUUAGGAACAGACCACCCAGGGUCCAAAUCGUCUUUCCCCAAGAAAGGUAAUUGCUUUUAGGGGAGGUGUCAGAAUAACCAGGAAUCCUUUCCAGAAUAGUCUGUCUGUGUAUACAUGCAUGGUUUCACUCUUGUAAAGAUGUACUGACCAGACCCUGGGACACAGAUCUGAUGCCAGAAGACGACCGGCUCUGCUCUGGAUCCAGAAGCCUGCCCACCUCUGUAUCCUAGAUAUGAUGGCCUCAGACACUGGUGCAAAACUCUGAAACAACAGGAAGUUGGCUCUGCUUGGGCAGAGAGUAGCAUGAUCAGCAGCUUAAGGGGAAGCCCUUUGACAAGGAGAGGGCAAGGAAGGGUCAUCCACAUGUGCAUCCCACACCCCUCGAGCUCUCUGAGAGUUGGGUACCAUUUUCAUAAGAGGCCAGAGAUAUUCAGAAAGAUACACAGCUGUGCUUUUGGGAUAGCACACCUUGCCCCCAGCCCUGACCCUCCUCACCAAGGAUUGUUAGUCCAUUCCUUUGCAGACUGAUGUGGUAUAAAUUGUUCUAGUUCUUGGACUGUGGCUGUCAUGGAGGGGGGCCUCCAAGGCCAUCAUUUUUUGUUUCUUGACUCCAGGAAUGGCAGAGUCCCUCAUGUAGACUAGCUGCUAUUUUCAGUGGAUCCCUGCAUGUGUGUGUGUGCGUGUGUGGUAUGUGUGUGUGUGGAUGUGGUGUGUGUAUGUGUGCAUGCGUGUGGUGUGUGUGUGUGCAUGUGAUGUGUGUAUGUAUGCAUGCGUGUGGAGAGUGUGUGUGUGUGUGUGUGUGUGUGUGUGUGUGUGUGUGUGUGUGAGAACGUGUACAUGUUUUGGCUUUGGAACCAAAAGCAGUCCUUCAUUUGGUGCUUCCCCUUCUUUUACUUCAGUCUGCUGGAUCCCACGCUCUGAAACCUCUCGGCAGAGAGCAGUGACAGGUGCCUGCCUGCCUUCAUCCCCUUGGAGAUUCUCCUCUACUGUUUAUACCUCAGAUGUUUCUGAGAGAUACAGUACUCAUAAAAUGACUUCAACUUGGCAGGGAACCAACAACUCCAGCCUUUCCUGAGGCAUGGACUAGAUGUCUCCUGAGAGAGCUGGACUUCCUAGGAAAGAGACAUUGUCUAUGACAGUGUAAGAAAUAUGACAGCAAUGUCAGUAACAUCUGGGUGGGGCCUCUUUCUAAAUGCUGUUUGUACAUUCAGAACUCCUAGGCCACUUUUCCUACUGUGAUCUCAUUUCUUUGACUCUCUUCAGGGUUUGGGGAAGAGGGAGCAGUUUCUGAUUUCUUUAAUUAUAUUGUUUACUAUAUUAGAGGAAAUACAGACACUCUCCUGGUGACUUUAUAGGUCAGAAAGACAUACAGCUUAGGAGUCGGAUUUAUUAUUAUUAUUAUUAUUAAAAGUAAGAUUUUUACUUUAGUUUUUAAAAAAGAUGGAGAAGGAUGCCUGUCUAAACUUGUCUUCCUACCUGCAGGUUUUGAAAAUCCUGUAAGCAACCGAAAGUUGUACCUCCCAUCUCUUAGAUGGCCAUGUGUCACCGGGGAAGCCCUUGGGGAUCACUCUGAAGGCCCUUGAGAGUACGAUUUCUGAACUCUAUUCAGACUUGUUUCAGCUUUAAAACUGGACUUUUCUUUUCAGAAUAUUUAAUUAGGCUGGGGACAGAACUGAGUAGAUGAAGGGUUCACCUAGCAUGCAUGGAACCUUGGGUCCAGUCUCCAGCAGGAGUUAAAGUGGGCACAGGGCACAUGCCUUUGACCCUAAUGCUUAGGAAGUAGAGACAGGAGACUUAGAGGUUCAAGGUCAUACAAAACAAGUUCAAGACUGACCUAGGAUAUAUGGAAUAAUGUCUCAAGAACAGUUCUGGUUUUGGUCUGUUUUUGGACAAGCUUUUGGUCUCUUAUAUUAUUAGUGAAGGAAGUAGAAUUUAUUUCUGGCUUCCUUAGACUCUCUGUUAAUAUAUAGGAAUUUUUAUUACACUUAUUUAUCUGUGUGUGUGCAUGUGUGCUGUGUGUGCUGUGCGUGUGUGUGUCUGUGUGUGUGUAUGUGAUGGAGAGCUUGCUAUGGUAUGUAUGUGGAGGUCAGAGGAGUCCGUUCUCUCCUUCCACCAUGUGGGUCCUGGGGAUUGAACUCAGGUUGCCAGGCUUGGUGGCAAGCACCCUCAUCCACUGAGCCAUCUUGCCAGCCCUUAAAGUUUCAGUCUUAAGGCUGAAACUGUUACUUGAACCUAGAAAACCACAUCUCAUCCCCAUUGUGCCCUUUAGGUCAUUUCUCUUUUCCAGAGAUGGGCGGACCAAUUCAGGACCCGGGAGACACCCUAGAGAAGAGAGGCAGGCUCCCUCGGGUCCUGUCUUUUCGCUCUUCAUGGGUCUGUAGCAUUAAAGGUCGUGUGAGCAUCAUGCUUCCAAAGUCAGAUUUCCUUCUUGAGACAGAGCUUGUUUACUUCAGACAUUUCGGCGGGUGGAUUACAUGAGCUUUGCUGUUUUCCUGGUCUUCCAAUUGCUGUCAUUGCUAGCUGCUGUGGUACUUGUAGGGGUGAGAUCUCUCACAGCCCCAGUCUAGAUUAUUUUAGAUGGGGUGAUCCACAUGCAAGUUACUGAUAUGUGAAUAGGCAGUUGCAAUGAAGUUACUCCUCAGGCUGACUUGAUGGUAGCUAUCUUUUCUCUAGUCAUUCAUUAAAUAAACAUUUGUAAGUACUGUC